AUGGGUGGAAGUGUGAUCGACCAAUACGCCCUGCCUGCGGUAGUGACGUUGCUCGGUGUUUAUCAGCUUGGGGUCAGGUUCACCACAGCAGUUGUGAGAUCGAGACAGAAGUUUCAAGUCAAGGUUCCAGAGACUAACGGACCAGCUGAGUUUGUCCGCACUUACAGAGCCCACCAGAACACAAUUGAGUAUUACACAGUCUCUCUGGCAUGUUUAUGGAUCGGUUCCAUCUUUUUUCAUCCAGUUCCUGCAUCAUUCGCAUAUUUGGGCUAUCUGUUUGGAAGAGAGAAGUACUUCUGGGGGUAUAUAAAGGAGGCAGAUAAAAGAAUUUCAGGUUUUUACAUCAGCAUCAACUGCCUCAUUGUCCUGUUUGCUCUGUCCAUCUGGGGUGUGGCUCACAAGCUGCUGCGCUUCUACCUCAAUAUUGACAUCUAUCAACUAGUCUCCACCCACAUCCCGCUGUUGAAAGGUGAACUCUGA